UGGCGGUGAACGUUGAACAUUCAAACUGUGGCCAACCCAAUUCUUGAGUCGACUCAGGUGGACUCCUGCAAACUAUCGCAUCGGAUUUCUCGCCUGAAUCCAUGUUAAAAGUGUUCGAAAUUCCUACUUGCAUCCCUGAUCUUACUGAUCACAUAGUCAAGUGUGAAUAUCCUGAGGCUACUAAUAGUCAUAAGUACCAUAUCUGCAAGUGCACCUGGGACCGGCCGAAUCAUUCUCCAGUCACGGUGGCAGUCAAGGUUAUCAGGGUACUACAACCUAAGAACAUCCUGGAUCUUACCGAGAGAUACGACGAAUUACUGCAAGAAAUCAAAGUAUGGGGCAGACUUCAGAACGAACAUAUUUUGCCUGUGCUCGGAUACGUAUGCGGACAUGGCCAUUUACCUAGCCUUGUGUUUCCGUGGAUGGAGAAUGGGAGCUUGACUAACUUCUUGCGUGAAUAUGAGUCCUUAGAGCGUGGUGAACGUUUUCGCUUGGUAAGUUCCUUUGAAUAUGAUGGGAUUCACGCACAAAUAAAAUUUCCGUAUGUUCAGCUGCAAGAUAUCGCCUCGGCACUGCAAUAUUUACAUGCUAUCGCAGUGGUUCACGGAGAUCUAACAGGUGUGAGUUGUUACCAAAACUAACAGGGCAGACGAGCACUGAUUAUCUCUGAUGUGCUGGUGCAUCAGGACAACAUUUUGGUCGACUCGCAUGGGCGUGCUUUUGUAACGGGCGUCGGGCUUUCCAAGAGGCUUAACGAGAUCGCCUCC